AAUAAUUUUUUUAUCAUGCUAGUCCACAUCCCAAAAAGAAAUCUUUUGAACACCAGGGCAGACACGGGCUACGGCAAUCAUGAAGCCCAAAAGUAAAUAUUGGGCCCAAAAUAUGUACACAAAAGCCCAACUAAGUUGCAUGUCCAAAAGGAGUAUGGGCCAUUGUAUGUAGAAUUUUUGUAAAUCUCGCUGACAGCCCACAUGCUCCAACGGUCAUAUUUCUGAAAUUUCAGAUUUAAAAAUGGAUACCUACUCUUCUAACGGUCAUCUUCUUCAUUCCAUUGUUACUCUCUUCCUGACUGUUCAUAUAUAUCAAAACUUCCCAAAAACUAAAAAGUGAACAGAAUUUUUCUCAAAUUGAUAUUUGAUUUCUUGUGUGACGACUCUACUAUGGAAAUGCGUACUACGCCGCCACCGAAAGGGACUCCAUCGUUGAGCUCUCCUAAGUCUUCUGCAGUCCCAGAUCGUUCGCUUUCUGGGUCAAGAGAAUCGAAUGAAAAUGAGCAGCCACUUAACCAGAAGCCCAUGACUAAGAAUUUCAUGUCACCCACUAUAUCUGCAGCUUCCAAAGCUUCAAUUCCAAUUAGGAAGAAGAUUUUAGCAGAAAGAAACGAACUUUCCACCACUUGUGAAAGCCUUCCUCACAAAGCCUCAAAUGUUGGGUCUAAGACAAAUUCCCUAAAUUCGACCUCUCAUCGUUCUGGAAAUUUACCUAUUUCUACCUACAGUUAUGCCUCUGAAUCUGACAAUGACCAAGAAAACAAUUCUGUUGUUGAUUCUUCAUAUAAGCCAUAUGACCCUCUUACUAAUGACCUCGGUCCUAGACCUAAGUAUCUCCGCUACCAGCCAAAUAGGCGUCGUGGGACCUUUCUUGAUCCUAAGAAAUCUGAUGAGGAUCAAGGGUCAUUGCAGCAAACUCAAGAUCCCUCAAAUCUGCCCGAAAUAUCUAACCUGGAGCUGGAGAAUGAUGAAGAUGUGGUGGAGGAUAGUGUUGAGGAUGAUGAAGAAGAAAUGGAAGAGGAUGUGGACCGGGAAUGGAGUUUGAAAGGGGUCUUCAAGGUUCUGCUUUUAUUGGCUGUGUUCUUUCUAUCAGGCUCAAAUUUAUCAACCAUGGACUCCGCAGUGAGUUCAGAUUCUGGUGCUGUGAUUAGGAAGAACAUCUUUGAAGCUGUUUUCCAUGAAAUUUAUGGGAGUGACAGCGCAUAUGUGGAUCAGCCAGAGUAUUCUCAAAGUGGUUUUCUGGAAUUGUGUCAAAGAGAAACUAAUAAUGAACUUAAGGCAGUCGAAUUUGUUGAAGAUACUCUAGAGUUGUUGGAAGUGGGAAGUGCUGAAAUGGAGGAAACAACUCAGCCACAGGAAGAAGGAGUGAGUGCGGAUGUUGAUAUUAAUCAGGACAACACGGAGGUCGAAGUUACUCAUAGUGUUGUACAUGGUGAUGCAGAGGAGGAAACCAUGUCAACAGGUGCCGAUGAAGUUACUAUUUUCAAUGAAGUGGAUGAGGCAGAAGUUGAUGGUUUUGAUGAGCAGCUGCAGAGGGAUCAAGUUGAUAAGAAUGAUCCUGAACUAGAGAACCUUGAAGUAUUGCUUGAUGACAUUUCAAGCUCCAAAUUUGAGCUAGCAGAAGUAGACAACAACAUUGAGCAGCUCGAAAAAACCUCACAGGAACAAACUGGAGAAGUAGAAAUACAGGAGACAGUACCAGAAGGAGCUGAAGAAAUUGAAACAGAAGUUGAAAUCAGCAAUUUUGACAGUGAAAUAGAGUCAGAGAAUGCUGAAGUCAAAGAAAUUGGACUAAGUAAUGCUGUAAUUGUCGUUGGAGUUUCAGCAGCUUCAGCGCUAUUGGCUAUGGCUAUGGCUAUCAUCUAUGUUACAAGGAAACCAAAUGCUUCUAUUCAAACUCCUCAAGCUGAAAUAUUCAACAGCUCAGCUAUUGCCAGUGUUGAAGGAGAACUCCUAGAGAACAAAAAUGAAACUUCUGUAAAGGUUUCAUCUUUACAAGAACCACUGAAUAAUCCCUCCGAAAAUCGCAGCAACUCUCACCUUGAGAGAAUACCUGCCAUUGAAUCCAUCACACAAGCUUCAUCUUUGUGUGGACCAACGACAGAAGCAUCGAAAGAGAUCAGCCACUUCAGUGCACCAAAGAUUGAACUACUAGGUGAAAUGAUGGUUGGAGAAGUCAACAGCUCCCUUAGAAGCUGUGUUAGGAAAAACAACAUGAUUGAAGCAGAAGGCAGCAACAUUAACAUAUCUAAAGGCGUUGUUUUACCUCCUGCUCAGCCAUCUGUUGUGGAAACAGAUUCUCCAUCAUAUGGAAGCUUCACAACUGAAAAGAAGAUCUUGAAGAAAAAGGUGGAGAAAGAUAGAGAAGAGAUCAAGAAGGUGGUGUUGACAACCCCAGUUAGGAGAUCAAGUCGAAUUCGAGAUCGUAUUGGAAUGUCCCCUUGAAUAAAUUAGUUACUGUAGGAGUUCUUGUUUGUUUUAGUAGAAAAACAGCAUCUCUGCUGUUUCAUAUUCUUUGUGAUCUUCUUUCAGAUCAAAUUCUAGGAAUUCUGUAUCAACUGCUGCAAAAGCAUUAGAAUUGUAACUUGUAGGAAAUGAUGAUCUUAACUUUCAAUGGAGAGAGAUUUCAUUUAUCUUCUAUUAAUAUUUUGCAACCUAA